UCCUUUUCCUUUAUUGGUCCAAAAAAUGUUUUGGGAUUAGCAUGACACGUGUAACAGAAGACAGCUCCAGCUCAAACUCUGGAACUCUCAAAGAGUCGAAGUACAAAAACAUGACACCAAGGGAUAGUUGUAAACCAUCCAAUUUACGGACUAGAAAGUUGGGAUUUUGGCAGCAAUGGCUACUGCAACUACUUUCAUUACUCGUGGAAGAAGAGUGGUUUCUUCUAUUUCAAGACGCCGCUUUUCUUCUUCGUGUCAGAACGCAAUUCAACAACAACAAGAAGAAAAAUCACAACCUGGAGGUGGCAAGUCCCUGAAUUUAUACUCUGCCAUCAAUCAGGCUCUUCACAUCGCCUUGGAAACCGAUUCCCGUGCUUAUGUAUUUGGAGAAGAUGUGAGCUUUGGUGGGGUCUUCCGUUGCACAACAGGAUUAGCGGAUCGAUUCGGUAAAAGUAGGGUUUUCAAUACCCCUCUUUGUGAACAGGGAAUUGUUGGAUUUGGCAUCGGUCUGGCAGCCAUGGGGAAUCGAGCCAUUGCAGAAAUUCAAUUUGCAGAUUAUAUUUUUCCUGCUUUUGACCAGAUCGUCAAUGAAGCUGCAAAAUUCAGAUAUAGAAGUGGGAAUCAAUUUAAUUGUGGAGGAUUAACAAUAAGAGCACCUUAUGGAGCUGUGGGCCAUGGUGGACAUUAUCACUCACAAUCCCCUGAAGCUUUCUUUUGUCAUGUUCCUGGUAUCAAAGUGGUCAUCCCUCGAAGCCCACGACAAGCAAAAGGAUUGUUAUUGUCAUGUAUUCGUGAUCCAAAUCCUGUGGUCUUUUUCGAGCCAAAGUGGCUUUACCGUUUGUCAGUAGAAGAGGUUCCAGAGGAUGAUUAUAUGUUGCCUUUAUCUGAGGCAGAGGUGAUCCGAGAAGGCAGCAACAUUACACUUGUUGGGUGGGGAGCUCAACUAUCUAUCAUGGAACAAGCCUGCAUUGAUGCCGAAAAGGAUGGAAUUUCUUGUGAACUGAUAGACCUGAAAACUCUUAUACCGUGGGAUAAGGAGACAGUAGAGGUCUCUGUCAAAAAAACUGGAAGACUUCUUAUAAGUCAUGAAGCACCAGUGACUGGAGGUUUUGGUGCCGAAAUCGCUGCUUCAAUCCUUGAUCGUUGCUUCUUAAGAUUAGAAGCUCCUGUUGCUAGAGUUUGUGGUCUAGACACCCCAUUCCCUCUUGUUUUUGAGCCCUUCUACAUGCCUACCAAGAACAAAAUACUGGAUGCAAUCAAAUCAACUGUAAAUUACUAAACCAACUCUGCCUCUUUCUGGUAUCAAUUAACACCAUAUACAUGAGCAGGGAGAGAAGGGCUCAUUUUAAACUUAAUUGAGAUUCCCCUCUCAAUAAAACAAUUAGCUCAAUGUAUUAAAUAUAUUUAUUUAAUAAAGCAAGGGCAGGUGAGUGAGAUGAAGCAAAGCACAAGCUAUUCAUAGCAUCAGAAUUGAGACAUGACAAGCCCGAGCGUACAAAGUAGAAAGAAAGAUAGAAGAAUACAAAGCAUGAUGGAUGAAUGGAGAAGAAAAUAAUCUUGAAAAUGUUUAACACAAUAAUAAAACAAGAAUUGGUUUCUUAUCAUCAACAUAAUAUAUUACAAAAGUUGAAGAUUGCAGGGCUUUUAUGGUUAUGUAAAUUCAAACAAAUUACUAACACAAGCUUUUAGUGUGCAACUUUUCAUUAACGAUUGUUGUUUAAUAAAUGACCAAGUCAUUUAUAUACUUUUAAGUGUGACAAAAUGGCUUUAUUGAAAAUGGAUGAUCAACCCAUU